AUGUCCGACUCGCCCUCUCCCAUAACCCUUACCUUCGACACCACGCACAACCUCCAGCUCGACGCCUACCUCCCCUUCCCCCAACCAUCCUCCCAGACCAAGCUUCCUGUGGUAGUCCAUUACCACCGAGGAGGUAUGGUGAUAGGCAGUAAGAGCGACGUGUACCCGCCCUUUCUCCCUGGGUAUUUGCAGAGCAAGGGUGUGUUGCUCGUCUCUCCGAACUAUCGACUACUCUUCCCUAGCACUGCGGAAGAUAUCAUUGCCGACGUACGCACACUGUUUGCCUAUCUCGCCGCGCCAAACACCGAAUUGGACAAGACGCUUCGCCAAAACGGGUUUGCUAUCGACAUCUCUCGUAUUGCCGUCAUAGGCGUGUCCGGGGGUAAUUACCCAGCUAGAGCAGCUGCUACACUCCCCGAAAUCGUCCCCCGCCCUGUAGCAUGGCUCGAUUUAUUCGGUAUGGGUGGGGAUUGGCUCCUCGACUUUUGGCUCCAAGGCAUAGACGUCGAAAAGACCAUGCCGCUGGAAAACACCCUGCACGAUAUGGCUAAAGCUGAGGAGCUGAUACAGAAUGGGGGCGGGGAGGUGGUGAGCGAGUCGGAAGGGACCUUGGUGGAUGGGAAAGCGACGGACGUGAGAGGGAGGUUCAAUCUGUGGAUACAUUGGCAGAAGGAGGGGACGUUCUUGGACUAUGUCUUGUCUUCCCCUGGUCUUCCAGCAACCUUGAAGAGUGUGCCAUACGGAGAACGACUCGCUCUCAUACCUCCCGACAAACGCCGCUUCCUCCUCCCCAUCACCCCCCAAACACCUCCCACCUACGUCCUCCACGGCGAUCAAGACCUUCUCGUACCCAUCGAAGAAAGCUACGCCCUAGUUAACGAUAUGAAAACCUUGGGCUUGUUUGUCAAGGGGGUUUGGGUACCGGGGGCGGAUCAUGUUCUUAGGGAUCGGAAGAAGGGAGGGUGGGAGGGGAUGGUAGAUGGGUGGGAGGGGAUUGCGAGGGAGGCGGUGGAUUGGGUAGUUGCGGAAGUCGGGCGGGCGAGGUGA